GGAGCAGAGCCCCGGGCCUUCCCGCCCUUGUUCAGAUUUUUAAAUAAUACAAUGUCUAAUGGUUAUGAAGACCACAUGGCCGAAGACUGCAGGGAUGAUAUUGGGAGAACGAAUUUAAUUGUCAACUACCUCCCUCAGAACAUGACCCAGGAGGAAUUACGGAGUCUAUUCAGCAGCAUUGGCGAGGUUGAAUCUGCAAAACUUAUUUGGGAUAAAGUAGCAGGACACAGCUUGGGUUACGGCUUUGUGAACUAUGUGACUGCAAAAGAUGCAGAGAGAGCGAUCAGCACGCUGAAUGGCUUGAGACUGCAAUCCAAAACUAUUAAGGUGUCCUAUGCCCGCCCAAGCUCAGAGGUCAUCAAAGAUGCCAACUUGUACAUCAGCGGGCUCCCGAGGACCAUGACUCAGAAGGAUGUGGAGGACAUGUUCUCUCGUUUUGGGCGAAUCAUCAACUCCAGGGUCCUUGUGGAUCAGACCACAGGUUUAUCCAGAGGGGUUGCGUUUAUCCGGUUUGACAAACGGUCGGAAGCAGAAGAGGCAAUUACCAGUUUCAAUGGUCAUAAACCCCCAGGUUCCUCCGAGCCCAUCACAGUGAAGUUUGCAGCCAAUCCCAACCAGAACAAAAACAUGGCUCUCCUCUCGCAGCUGUACCACUCGCCUGCUAGGCGGUUUGGAGGCCCUGUGCACCACCAGGCGCAAAGAUUCAGGUUCUCCCCUAUGGGUGUAGAUCACAUGAGUGGGAUUUCUGGUGUCAAUGUCCCCGGCAAUGCUUCCUCGGGCUGGUGCAUCUUCAUCUACAACCUUGGGCAAGACGCUGAUGAGGGGAUCCUCUGGCAGAUGUUUGGCCCCUUUGGUGCAGUCACCAAUGUGAAAGUGAUUCGUGAUUUCAACACCAACAAGUGCAAAGGGUUUGGUUUUGUGACCAUGACAAACUAUGAAGAAGCUGCAAUGGCCAUAGCAAGUCUGAACGGCUACCGCUUGGGGGACAAAAUUUUACAGGUUUCUUUCAAAACCAACAAGUCCCACAAAUAACUCGCUCAUGCUUCUCUUUUUUCUUUUCUUUUUUUCUUUUUU